AUGUCGAAGUCCUCCUGGGUCCCGGACCCCAUGUUCUCCUCCCGUGGUUACUAUGAUGCCCUGCAGGACAGUGGCGCGGGGUCCCCAGAUCCGGCCCCCGUGGGCACCCCCGGCACCCUGCAGGCCACACGGCCCCCCCGGAUGAGCGGCAGCUGCGAGGGGCCCCCUCUGAAGCGGCGGGGCGGCCUGGUGGACCACCGGGAUGUCAUCUUGGCCCACCAGGCGCACAAAAUCCACAGCACCCCCCAGGCCAGGAGGAAGGAGUGGGAGUGA